AUGGCGACCCACCCCUCCAAGAGGAGUUAUCUGUGCGCGGGGAGCUCCUCGUUCGACGACCCCGACGUGGUCGAGGUGUCGCCGGCCGCCGCCGCCGCCGCCGGGGGGUGGAACCCCGGCCACCAGAAGAGGAAGCGGAGCCAGGUUGUUCCUCGUGAAAUAAUUGAAAUUGAUGAUGAUCCUGAUGGUGUUGUGAUUAUUGGUGAGAAAGCACCAGUUGAAAAGAAUAAACAUUCAGUUGGAUGUCCUCUUGUUUGGCCAAAGCAUGUGAAGACUAGUGUGGCUGGUGAAACUGCCGGACCAAGCACCUAUGCUUCAAACAGUACUUCCAUUAUGGGUGGUUUUAAGAAAGUUAGCGCCGGACCAAGCACCUAUGCUUCAAACAGUACUACCAUUAUGGGUGAUUUCAAAAAAGUUACCUCUGGACCAAACACCUAUUUUUCAAGCAGUACUGUCAUUAAGGAUGCUUUUGCUAAAAAAUAUAUGGAAACCGCAGUUUACCAUGAUUAUGAUGACUACCCUUUUGACGCAUUCGAGGAAGAUGAAGACUUUGCUUAUGAGGAAGAGGACUACGAAAACUAUGAGUUUGAUGAUACACUUUAUGAGAAUGAAUAUAACUAUAAUUUAUCUGCUCAGUUUGAUGGCUUGGAUAUCCCGCCUGGAGUGGAGGCUCCUUUACCAUGGCUGCAGAAGACUGCCGCUGAGAUGUCGAGUAAUUCCAAACCCAUCCCAAUCUUGGACGAGAAAGUUGAUGAAAGAUACAGCACAUUUAAGCAAUUUGAUACUGUUGAUGGCCAUAAUGAUCAUUAUUAUGUGAAACCAGAGUUAAGGAAAGCUCUGGUAGUGAAGAAGCCAUCAAAAGACUGGGCGAAGCGCAUUCAGCAUGAGUGGAAAGUCUUAGAGAAAGACUUGCCAGAUACCAUAUUCGUGAGGGCAUACGAGGAUAGAAUGGACCUUCUUAGAGCUGUCAUUAUGGGUCCAGCAGGCACUCCUUACCAUGACGGGCUCUUUUUCUUCGACAUUUACUUCACUCCUCAAUAUCCAAACACACCUCCACUUGUUAACUACCGCUCUGGUGGGCUGCGGCUUAAUCCAAACCUGUAUGCUUGUGGGAAGGUGUGCCUUAGCCUGUUAAACACCUGGGCUGGUAGUGGAUGUGAGAAAUGGAAUCCAUCCAAUUCAACCAUGCUGCAGGUUCUUGUCUCCAUUCAGGCUCUGGUUUUGAAUGCCAAACCUUAUUUCAAUGAGCCUGGGUAUGCUAAUUCAGCUAACACACCUGCCGGGGAGAAGAGAUCCCUAACUUAUAACGAAGACACAUUCCUGCUGUCCUGCAGGACGAUGUUGUAUUCUCUCCGAAAUCCGCCAAAGCAUUUUGAGGAUUUCGUGGCUGGCCAUUUCCGCAAGCACGGGCGCAACGUCCUGGUGGCCUGCAAGGCCUACCUGGACGGCGCCCAGGUUGGGUGCCUUGCCGGGAACGGGGUGCAGGACGUGGACGAGGGUGACAAGAGCUGCUCGCUCAGGUUCAAGACCUCGCUCAAGAGGCUGUUUGAGGAGCUGCUGAUGGAGUUCACGGUGAAGGGAGCGGACUGCAGCAAGUUCCUGUCGGAGAAGGCGAAGCAGUCGGCCGCCUCCGCCUCCGGCACCACCUCUAGAGGGCCGCCGGCAGACACCACACUGAGGCUAUAA